AUGUAUUGGGCAGCAAAGACAAGAGUCCCUAUCAUCACCAACUCAAUGACCAGGGACAGAUUCUUCAAAAUCCGCCAGUCCAUCAAAGUGACAGAUGACCUUGCCAGCUCAGACGACCAGAAAAAAGAGGAUGCUCUCUGGAAGGUAAGGCCUCUUGGCUGGAUCCAGUACAGGUCAGACCACAAGGCCUCUGGGAGACCUGCAAAAGAGAGGAUGCAGCACUUUGAUUUCAAGCUCCUACUGGCUGAGGAAAUAGUGUCCCAGGCACAGGGUGGUGCAGACAAUCAAGUUGAAGAGGUGUCCAAUGAACAAUAUCCAUUACCAAGGAUUGAAGACAUCUUUGCGAACUUGUCAGGUGGACGACGAUUCACCAAGGUGGAUCUGGCAGAGGCCUACCUACAGAUGGAGAUGGAGGAAGACUCCAAGGUCUUUCUGACAAUAAACACACUGAAGGGCCUUUAUCACUACAAUAGGCUAGUGUUUGGAGUGGCCUCUGCCCCAGCCAUAUGGCAGCGCGCCAUGGACCAGGUGCUACAAGGGGUCCCUGGCACCCAGUGCUAUUUAGAUGAUAUCAUUGUGACUGGGGCCAAUGAUGAUGAACACUUGAAGAACCUCCAGAAGGUCCUAAAAAGGCUGGAAGACUACGGGCUUCGGGUAAGACGGGACAAGUGUGAGUUCUUCAAGUCAUGCAUCACAUACUGUGGACACACCAUCGAUGCACAGGGGUUGCAUAAAUGUCAGGAGAAGAUCCAAGCUGUCAUGAAGGCUCCACAACCACAGGAUGUGCCCCAGCUGAGGUCCUUUCUGGGGAUUCCCGCAACGGUGGCGGCACGGAUGCAACGCUGGGCGUUGUUCCUUGGAGGACACCGAUACCAGAUCAAGUUCAAAAGAACAUUGAGUCACGCCAAUGCUGAUGGGUUGUCUCGGUUGCCCUUGGAAACGGUAACAACGACAAACGGGGACAAAGAGCCAUUGGAGAUGUUCACACUCAUGCAGAUUGAGAGUUUUCCUGUGACAGCGGAAAUUAUUCAGAGACAAACCCGAAGAGAUGUAACUCUCUCACAAGUGUGCACUGCCACACAAAAUGGCUGGACAAACCAACAGAAGUCCCCACUGGCUCCGUACUUCCAGCGUAGGGAUGAACUCACCAUUGACUCUGGAUGCCUCAUGUGGGGAAUGAGGAUCAUCAUACCUACCAAGCUGAGGGCCAGGGUGCUGGAAGAAUUGCAUUUUGGUCAUCUAGGAGUGGUGAAGAUGAAGGCGCUAGCGAGAAGCUACGUCUGGUGGCCCGGGAUCGAUCAACAGAUUGAACAGCUCGCCAUGCAUUGCUCUGGUUGCCAACGGGUACAGAACGAGCCAACGAUCGCACCCCUGCGUAUCCAUAUCGAUUUCGCUGGUCCAUUCAUGGGAACAACAUUCCUGGUGGUGGUCGAUGCAUGUUCAAAGUGGCCUGAAGUGUUCACCAUGAACUCAACAACAACAUCUCACACAAUUGACGUGCUGAGAAGUCUCGUCGCAAGAACUGGCGUUCCAGAACAGUUGGUGAGUGAUAAUGGUCCUCAAUUCACAGCUAAUGAAUUCCAGAUGUUUCUGAAGCGGAAUGGGGUCCGGCACAUAACAUCAGCACCAUACCAUCCAGGACGUGGGUUACGCUCAAGACUGGACCUGCUGAAACCAAACCUUCGAAGGACGGUGAAAGAUCGACAGAUGAAGCAAGGCUUCAGUGCACACAAUGGAGAAACACGUCAAUUUGAAAUUGGACAGACAGUGCUUGCUAGGGAUUACCGUGGGGAUCACAAGUGGGUUCCUGGAAAGAUCAAGGAGAAAAAUGGGCCCUUGUCCUACACCGUGGAAGUUGCUCCUGACGCCAGCUGGCGACGGCACAUUGACCAGUUGCGGAGGUCGGAAGUCCGGGUUGAAGAGGAGUUGGUGGACACAGUCGUACCUCCUGCCGCUGCUCACACGAAUCUUCCAACCUUGGAAAAUGAAGUGGAUGGUCAGUCUGUCCCUGGACCACCUCUGGGCGCCACCACUGUGGAUGCGAAUCCAGGAGUCACACCUGUGGAAUGGAGGCGUUACCCCACACGUAGCCAUAGACCUCCAGAGAGACUAAUCCUGUGA